UGCCUGCUAGGUAACGAGCAACACUGAUUCCACGACAGAGGUCACAUCAUCUGUAAUUUCAAUGCCAGGAGCUUCGACUUAAAUAGAGCUCCAUCUUCCUGUAAAAUACUUCAAACCAGAAUAACUGCUGCCAGUAAUUAGCACCAAGUACAGGGUGCAUCACGAGUUCUAAGAACAUCUGCAAAAUCCCUGCCCAUUUCAAGGCACUGGGCUGCUAGCAAUGCCUUACCGUGUCGAGCUGUCCAAAAGCGGCAGAGCUGGUUGCAAGAACAAAGAAUGCAAAGACAAUGGCAUCAAAAUCAACAAAGAUGAGCUUCGCUUUGGUACCUGGGUUACAAUCCAGGAGAAGGGCACCUGGGCGUGGAAGCAUUGGGGCUGUGUCACUCCUAGCCAAAUAAAAAAUGUUAGCGAUGCUAUCGAAGGAGAUUUCGAGCAAUUGGAUGGUUUCGACGAAAUUCCUGAGGAUUUGCAGGACAAGGUCAAACGUUCCGUGGAACAAGGCCAUGUCGACAAUGAGGAUUGGAAAGGCGUAUGUCAACAAUCAUGUAGACAUCAUCGACAAGCUCCAUUAAUAAGUAUUUCAGGAUCCCGAGUGCAAUGUCCCUGGUAGUCGCGGCAUGCGGAAACCUGCUCCCCGGAAGAAGGCUGGCAAAGAAGAGGCAAGUAUUAUCCCUCAG